CAACAUGAAACUUUUAUUGUUACUAAACAGUUACUUUCAUUGAUAUAUUUUUAACAAUUUCUGUAGUUUUAUGUAUUUUUGCAUAGUUUUGUAUAUGUAGUUUUGCUAAAUUAUUGUUUAAAACAAAUUUGUGUAAGCAGUUGCAGUGAAUAAUUAGUGAUUUAAUGUUUUUCGUGAUAUAAAAGGCACGCUAGGCGUUUAGUUCAUUUCCCGGGCAUUGUAUUAUUUCGAAAUGCCCCCCAAAAAGAGGGAAAAAGAAGUGGAUACCUCCAAAAAUCCAAGAAUUGAUCAUAUCCAGGCCGAUCAUGAAUUAUUUUUACAAGCUUUUGAAAAACCCACACAAAUAUACAGGUAUCUUAGAACCAGGAAUAUGUGCUCACCCAUCUUUUUAAACCGCACGCUAUGGUACAUGAAACAUCGAAUGUCCAGGAGCCAUAAGAGCCGCGAAAAUUUCAAAAUAAAUUCUUUGUUAGAGAAAAUAUCGGCCAAGAGAGAUUCUAUAUCAAUACAACCUGGCUACAUAAACUUAACGUUUUUGGGUUUUACAAAUAGAAGUUUAGAUUGUAAAUCGGAUAUUGCUCAAGUCGAAACGGUAUUGCUUAAAAUAACUCACAAAAAACGUAAAGACAGUUCCGCCCCUAGCAUGCAAGUGAUUCUAGGAACGGCCGACGUGCCAAUAAACCCCAACGAGGAUCAGCUGCCCCUAACGGCACCAACCAUAAGCAUUCCUACCGAGUCGUUCAACGGGUCCAGCGGUCCUCUCGUUAAAUCCUACAUCCUCUUGUUCAGAGUCAAAAUAGGAAUGGAUAAGGACGACGAAGAGGAACCUGCGUUGAAAAAACGCAAAUCGAACGGAGUUGACAAUAAUAACUGCAAAAUUUAUGGGGCCGAGCUUACAGUCUACGAUAAGCAUAGCAGAUGUUACUUGAGCGAUGGCGAUUACGAUGUGAUCGUCCAGGAUUAUUCUGCCAACACUAAAAACGCACCAAAAAAAUACUCCAGCUGGGAGAACGUGGACGACUUGGUCGAAACCUGCGGUAACCUGGAAUCGUUCAUGAAAGGCGCCGUGCUCAGAUUCAAACUGAACUGGUCACCCGAGGCGAGCGCCAAAAUAGUCGACCGGCCAAAACCUUACCCUCUAGUUGAAAACAAAGAAAACAUUCCAGUUGCCAACGGAAAAACCCCGGAUAAACUCCAAAUAGUCUACCAGUUCGUUUACAACAAUAACUCGAGGCAACAGACUGAAGCCUGCGAAGAUUUGCAUUGCCCAUGGUGUAGCUUAAAUUGCGAUCAGCUAUACACUUUACUUAAACACCUGAAACUUUGCCAUUCAAGAUUUACCUUUACUUACGUGCCUAUAACGGUCGGAGCCAGGGUGGACGUCGGCAUAAACGAAAUGUACGACGGAUCGUACACAGGAUCGCCUCACGACCUGAUUUCUCAGCCUUCCGUGUGCGCUUUUUCGAGAAACGGACCCGUGAGAAGAGCAUCCGUCACUCACAUCUUAGUGUGCCAUCCCAAGAGACCGAAGCCCAGCUUAUCGGAGUUCCUCGAGCUAGACGAUUGCGAGUAUGAUGGACAAAGGCCUUUUAUCACCGGCCACAACAGACUGUAUCAUCACACCACCACUUGCUUGCCGAUAUACCCUAAGGAGAUGGACAACGAUUCCGAAGGCGAAAACGAUCCCGAAUGGCUGCGAAACAAGACGAUGAUGAUGAUAGACGAAUUCACCGAUGUUAACGAGGGCGAAAAGGAGCUGAUGAAGAUGUGGAACUUGCACGUGAUGAAAUACGGAUUCGUUGGAGACUGCCAGAUACCGCUAGCUUGCCAAAUGUUCGUGCAGCACAAAGGCAAGGAUCUUCUGAUGAAGAAUCUAUACAAAAACUUUGUGGUGCACAUGUGCAGCCUUUUCGACUUUGGCCUGGUCAGCGCCGUUUGUCUCUACACGACCCUCCAGAAGCUUCAGGAAUUAGUCGGAGAAUCGGUUGCGAUUCGCAACAUCCUCAAGGAAUCCAGGGAAGCACAAAUUGACAAUUGGGCCAAAACCGGAAGUCUUCCACCAAAAAUUGAGAAUCCCAGUCUGCUUAAAACUCCGAGCACCGGAAGAAAAGCUGGUGCAGUGGGAAUGCAGAGAAGAAAGGGCACCCCCACCCCGGCUGAGCCACCUCUGAGGAGAAAGUCGGCUUGCGGAGGCGAAACUUCGAGAAAAAGGUUAUCGUUGUCGUUAACUAAGCCGGAGCAAAGGAAGACGUAAGAUUUAUUUUUAUAAGUAUUGUUUUACGAGUCGCUAAAAUGUUUAUUUGUAAAUUACCACAGAUUCUAUGGAACGUAAUUUAUUAUCAUUAAUAAUUGUGAAUUUUACUUAAUCCUAUUGUCACAACCUUUUAUAACAUUAACUAAAUUUGUAAAAGUUUGUGACAUUGUAGAUAUAGUUACCAAGAAAAAUUAAUUUAAAUUACAUUUUUAGAAUACAAGUGUAUUAAAUGGCAAUUUGUUUUAAAUUAACAAACCAUAAAUUUAGCUGUGUAAUCUGUGUUCAACAUUAUUUUAUCAAUAAUACUAUGUUGAAUAUUUUUAUUCAUCUUCACUGCCAGGACGAUUUUGUUUCCUAGUCAAAUGUGUUUUGUUUUUAUGUAAAAUGGCACGGAUUUUAUGUUUUUUAUGCAUAUAAUUUUCUUGUUUGGUGCUUAAUAUCCUUAUUGGAUAUCGAUUUUAAACCAAAGCAAGUUUAGGAAAGCUUAUUACUGCCCAAUUGUCAAAAAUGUUUUUGACUGUGUAACUUGUUUUUUAACGAUUUAUUGAUCGGUAUUUGAGCAACAAAUAAAAUAAAUAAUCAAUAAGGUGCACACUAUCUACCUCCAAUUUGAUAAUGUCGAAAUAAGGUGUGGUAGAGUUACUUAGUAUGUCGCGACCUGAGAAUUAGAUUGUUCUAUCUCCCAAAAUUU